UUUCCAUCUGGUUUUAAAACCUUCUUCAACAGUUUAUUUGUGAAUGCCCUGUUCUCUCUCCAUUCAAUUUCGUUAUCAGAUUAGCCGAUUUGUUUCUGAAUCGUCUUGUUCCUUCACACAGCCUGGGUCCGGAUGCCAUUGGAAUCGUCGCUUUUUCUCAUGGCUGUACUGGUGUGGCAGGACGAGCCUGCGGCUUGGUUAGUCUCGACCCUACAAGGUUCGCUGUAAUCCUCAAGGAUCGCCCCUUCAGGUCUGGUGAUUGCAGAGUCGUCGAUGUCAUGAAACUAUUACCCCACUGCCACUGAUGGAACCAUCAAGCUUUUUAUACAUGCAGCUGAGUAAUCAAAACUUUUUUUUUUUUUUUUUUUUUUUCUGAAUUACAAUGUUUCUAAAUCUAUUGAAUCUUCUAAACACAUUUGAUGUUUUAUAUCUCUACAGUCCUACAACUCUUGCUACUGCUAGUGAUUUCUGUUUGCUUUUUUUCUACAGAAGACAACAGUCUGGUAAUCUGUGAACGAUCAGUCAACUGGCUGUUUACACUUGCUUUUUGAUGAACACCAACUGUUUGAUAUAAUGCCCCAAGCAUGGAUAAAGUUCUGGUACCAUUUUCAGUUUUCAAGAUGAUCCUUAACUAUACCACCUGUUCCUCCUAUAAUCUCAGAUAAUUAUAGGGAUUCCUUUUCCAAAUGUGUUUGAUAUUCAAGUGGCAGAAAAAAAGAGAUACAACGAUGCUUUUAAAUCCUCUAAAAACCUUCUUAGUGGCAGUGAAUGGUAUUGUCAGCAAGCUUUCAGAGCACUUAAUCAGGCAGCAGGCCGUUGCAUUCGACACAGGUCAGACUAUGGAGCCAUAAUCUUCCUAGAUGAGCGAUUUCGUCAAGAAAGAAACUUAACAUACAUUUCAAAGUGGAUAAGGAAAUCCAUUAGACAAUAUGACAAUUUUGACCAGUCAUUGGAAGGAUUAAAGUCCUUUUUCAAGAACAUCAAGGUUGAGAAUGAUACAAAGCAGAUAGUUGAUGUUGAUGCUAUUGAUGUGGAGGAGCCAAGAAACCUGUUCAUAGAAAUGAUGAACCAUAAAAUUAUAAGUAACCCCAAACCAAAAGGAAGAAGAUCCAUGUCAGAUGCUGUUAUUUCACCACCUGAAAUAUUAACAAAUAAAAUAAAAAAGUUUCCAAUUACAAGUAAAAAGUUUCACUGCCCCUCCCCCAAAACAGAACCUAUACCUCAGGAAACAAUUAGGCCAGUGAAAAGAAUGACAACAAUCCUGGUAUAACUUACAUGGACUCCACAGGUGAUUUGGAGACACAAAACAGGUUUCCAUCGCCACCAUCAUUUAAUAUAUCUCAUGAUGACGAUUUUGACUUAACCAUUGUUCAUGAAACCCCGAGAAAUGACGAUAAUGCCCUUGUCCAUGAAUAUGAACCACCCAUUGUGAAGGAAACACCAAUCAAGAACAGUUACCCUGCUACUCUUGAAUCCAUAUCUGAGUCAACCAUAAUCCAAUCAAAGUUUCCCACUCGAUCCUUUUCUUCUCCCUGUUCCACUUCAGCUUCUGAAUGCAUGAACACAACAACACCUAAAAAACAACAAAUCCCUCAAAACAAUUCACCUCUAGAUUCGAGUGUCAAUUCCCAUUUUCACAAACGAAGAAAGUCUUCAGCUUUUGCAUCAGUCAAAAUGUCCCAAUUUGAUUCCCCCAAACCCAAACCCACAUUUCCAGUGAAAGAAACCAAGAAAGAUCUAAAAAUAUCGUGUUCACUCUGUAAAAACCCACUAGGUCUUGUGGAAAAUGACUAUUCUGUCCCUUGUUCAUCAAUGUCGUUAUCUAAAAUGCAUUUGGUGUCAAGCUGGAAAGGGAGAGAAAAGGGUGGGACAAGUGUAGCUGUUGUGGUGUCUGAUAUUGGUUGUGUUGAUGGGAGAAUCUGGAAAAGAAAUGGUGAAGAAGGAAUAUGGAGUAAAGAAGAUGGAUGUGUAUUUAAUACGGCUUUCUGCCCUUUCUGUAGUGAUCAAGACAAUUGCCUUGGGUUACAUGUUGUGGCAACUGAUUCCUCCAAUGUGCAGCUUUUAAACAAGGUGCUCUUUUAUUCUGACAGACUAGAUAUCCAACAUAUCCAUACAUCAACAACAAAUAAGGAAGAAUCACCAUCUAUUGUUACAAGUUUGAGUAAAAGCGUGCUACAAAAUCCAUUUGAGAAAUUUGCCUACACAUCUCCACAAACCAACUCAAUAGGUUGGAGAACCACAAAAUCUAAGAUGAGAUUACCAAAGAAAGUCCUAGCAUCCACUACCAAAUAUUGAUGCCUAACCUUACAUGUAAAUUCUUAAUCAUUGCUAAAUUGGUUUUAAACCUAUUUUGGAAAUUUAGGAUCUAUGGUUAUUAUUAUUAACUUUGUGAUGCAUUUGAGGUGUAUGACCAAUAAAAUGUAACUAUUGUAGUUGUAACA